AUGAGGCUACACACUCGCCGACCGCUGGCGAUCUUCCUGAUCUCCUCCCUAGCUGCCACCGCCCUGGCUGGCUCGGCCGCCGAUGAUGCCCUCGCCAACCCGUCAAUGAAGAAAUACGACAUUGGCACAAAAGACGCUCCCGUCGACGGCAAGGACGGCAGGCCGCACGAAGGCCCUUUCGUCGAGAUAGAAAACCUUCGGAAGCAAGAUGGCAGGUCAAGCGACGACCUCCCUGACCUGAAGGACAGGCCAGCAGAUCCAACCGUAGUCGACGGCGAGAAAAUACCACAGACCAACGAUGGCAUCAUGUUUGACAAGAACAGGCCCGAGCCCAAGGAGGGCACAACGGGAACAUCAGGCGGCGUGAGCGAGAAGGACAAGGCGCGAGCCGCAAAGGAGGCGCAGACUGGCGAGAGGGUAGAGAAUAGACCAGAGACCCCCAAGGAGGCGCCGCCGCUGCCACAUAGCGAGCAGGAGAAGAUCUUGGGCAGCGAGGGCAAAGACAAGAGCAAGGCCAAGGACGGCCAAUCCCCCGACGAAAUCGCCGGGUUUGAUAAACCGACCGAUCUGCCAGGCAAGACACACGAUGCCGCUCCUCCCGUCCCCGAAUCUGCGAACAAAGACCACCUCGAUGUUUCAGCAGGCGGCUCUGGAUCUUCCACCAGCAAGGGCAAAUACGAGGAAGAGAGCCCCGACGGGCUUAUUCGGCCCUUCCACUCCUUCUUCCUCUCCUUGACCAUGAUUCUCUUCUCCGAGGUUGGAGACAAGACAUUCCUUGUCGCUGCGCUGAUGGCCAUGAAACAUGACCGGAUGGUUGUCUUCUCUGCGGCUUUCAGCGCCCUCAUCACCAUGACCGUGCUGUCUGCCGUCAUGGGCCACGCCGUGCCAACACUCAUCCCCAAGCGCCUCACCAACUUCCUCGCCGCCGGCCUGUUCCUUGUCUUUGGCGUGCGCUUGCUCCGAGAGGGCAUGGGAAUGAGCCCCGACGAGGGCGUGUCCGCCGAGAUGGCCGAGGUCGAGAUGGAGCUGAACGAGAAGGAGAGCCAGGCCCGUAAGCAGGGCCGGCGCCGCAGCUCCAUCUCUCCCUACGCUCUGGAAAUGGGCGUUAACAGGGCUCACACCAGGAAGUCGCGAUCGCAGUCCCGUUUCCCCACGCCUCCCCGAAGCCCGUCGACUUCGCCCGGCCGCAGCCCUUCGCCACGAAGGGGCGCCCUGGGUGCCUUUGUCGACGGCGCGCAAAACCUCUUCUCUCUGCUGCUCAGCCCGGCUUGGGUCCAGACCUUCGUCAUGACCUUCCUCGGCGAGUGGGGCGACCGCAGCCAGAUCGCAACCAUUGCCAUGGCUGCUGGCCAGGACUACUGGUGGGUGACUCUCGGCGCUGUUCUCGGACACGGCUGCUGCACUGGCGUUGCUGUCAUCGGUGGCCGAGCUAUUGCGGGCAAAGUCAGCCUCAAAGUUGUGACCAUUGGCGGCGCAGUUGCCUUCUUACUCUUCGGCUUUAUCUACUUCGUCGAGGCCAUCUACACAUAG